UUUUUCCACGUCAGUGUGUUUACCAAGGCCAGAUUGACAGCCAUAGGAAAGUGUUGUAUUCAUUCACGUAUGGAGCGUUUUUUGAAGAGUGAAUGAAUAAGCUGUGUUUGGAAACAUUACGUUAUCAAGCAGUGGAAUGUCAGAAAUUUUUAGAUUGUCUAUUUGUCGUACUGAACUAAACUUUGAUCAUCUUCAUUCACUGUUGGCCGACUAGCCUGCGAGCCUGCCGAGCUAGGCAUACAUUAGCUACAGUUGGACUCCGUCUUUGAAAUUGCUGCCACACUCAGAAAAGCAGCAUGGUGGACAAGAAUAUCUACAUUGUCCAGGGUGAAAUUAGCACUGUUGUUGGAGCUAUCAAGAGGAACUCCAGAUGGAAUACUCAUACUCCUCUGGACGAAGAACAGGACCCAUUACUCAACAGCUUUGGCCAACUCAAGGAAAUACUCAACAACAUUAAAGAGCUGCCAGAUAUUGAACCUAACCUUUUCCUGAGGCCCUUCCUAGAAGUUGUCCGCUCUGAGGACACCACUGGACCAAUCACAGGCCUCGCCCUUACCUCCGUCAACAAGUUCCUUUCCUAUGGCCUCAUUGAUCCCAACCAUGAAGCAGCAGCGGAGGCCAUUGAGAACAUGGCAGAUGCAGUCACACAUGCUAGAUUUGUUGGAACAGACCCUGCAAGUGAUGAAGUUGUCCUUAUGAAAAUUAUACAGGUCCUGAGGAGCCUGCUGCUGACACCAGUUGGAGCCCAUCUGACCAAUGAGUCUGUUUGUGAGAUCAUGCAGUCCUGCUUCAGGAUUUGCUUUGAGAUGCGCCUAAGUGAACUCCUCAGGAAAUCAGCUGAACAUACACUGGUUGACAUGGUGCAGCUACUGUUCUCCAGACUACCCCAGUUCAAAGAAGAGGCCAAGAGUUACGUGGGUGCCAACAUGAAGAAGGCUUACAAUAUCUUGUGGAAAAACAAACGAGUGCAGUUGAAGAUGCGUGCUGGUGGAAUGAGUGAGUCAUCCAAAUGGAAGAAGCAGAAACGCUCGCCAAGGCCGCCUCGCCACAUGGUCCGAAGUCCCUCCGGUCAGAUAGACCCAACCCAGUCCAGCACCCUCAGCAACAACAACCUUGCAGGUGGCGUCCCAUUCAUUGAGCAAGGCUUGUCCACCUGUAGCUUAACAGCCUCAGACAGUGCUGGCUCAUCCAUUUCCAGCCCUACAACCACAGACAGUGGCCUGGAGACCUGUUCCAAAGCCACCUCCAGGGAAGACCUUUCUGACCUGGAACAGUGUAGCUCAUCUGCAAACACCCUCAGCUCUGCUACCACACUCCUGGGGCCUGAGCCCAACUCUCUGGAUGCACAAUCUGAGGGCAGGCAGGUCGAACCAGCUCAGUCAGCCUCAGUGGAGUCCAUCCCUGAGGUUCUGGAGGACAAAGACUCCGUUACAGAGCAGUCAGACAGCACCUCUGUCCAUGACAUGGACUAUGUGAACCCUCGAGGAGUCCGUUUCACACAGUCUACACAAAGAGACGGAGUGUCCCUCAUCCCUUAUGGCCUCCCAUGUCUAAGGGAGCUUUUUCGCUUCCUGAUCUCACUGACAAACCCCCAUGACCGCCACAACACUGAUGCCAUGAUGCACAUGGGUCUGCAGCUGCUGACUGUAGCACUUGAGUCAGCACACAUUGCUAACUACCAGUCAUUACUCGGGCUUGUCAAAGAUGAGCUCUGCAGACACCUCCUACAGUUGCUGAGUUUUGAGCGGAUGAACCUGUAUGCUUCCUCCAUACGAGUUUGUUUCUUGCUUUUUGAAAGCAUGAGACUACAUCUAAAGUUUCAGCUCGAGAUGUACCUAAAGAAAAUGAUGGACAUCAUCACAUCAGAGAACAUUAAAAUGCCCUAUGAGAUGAAGGAGAUGGCUCUGGAGGCUCUGGUACAGCUGUGGAGGAUUCCCAGCUUUGUCACCGAGCUGUACAUCAACUACGACUGUGACUUUUACUGCUCCAAUCUCUUUGAAGACCUCACCAAACUGCUGUCCAAGAAUGCAUUCCCAGUGUCAGGGCAGCUCUACACCACCCACCUCCUGUCACUGGAGGCUCUACUCACAGUGAUCAACAGCACUGAAGCGUACUGCCAGGCCAAAGUACUCAACAGCACUGCUCAACAAGACCAGUCAGAAACUCUGCUGGCAGAGGGAGAAGGUUCAGCCAAAAGUGGAGCAGAGACUACAGCUGAUCUUAAUAGACUGGGCAGUACCAAUAGUAUGAGUCCUCCACAAGCUGAGAACGUACCAGUAUGUCCACCAACCAGUGGACAUCUGAUGGCAGAGAAGAUGAAACUGGGUCGACAGGAUCAAGGAGACAGUGAUGCCGUUGAGAAGAGAGGCCCGAAGAAGCCUCAGCGUUUCUCAUCAUAUUUACCUGACUCCCAGGAAUUAAUGGAAAUUAGAACAAAGAAAAAAUUGCUGAUCACAGGCACAGAGCAGUUUAACCAGAAGCCCAAGAAGGGAAUCCAGUUCCUGCAGGAGAAAGGCCUCCUCAGUAACCCCAUGGACAACAACCAGGUGGCCCAGUGGCUCAGAGAAAACCCCCGACUGGACAAAAAGAUGAUUGGCGAAUACAUCAGCGAUCGCAAGAACAUGGAGCUCCUGGACAGCUUUGUGAACACAUUCACCUUCCAGGGGCUGCGCAUUGAUGAAGCCCUGCGGCUCUACCUGGAGGCUUUUAGACUACCUGGAGAGGCUCCUGUUAUCCAGAGGCUCCUGGAAACCUUCACAGACAACUGGCACAAAGUCAACGGCUCUCCCUUCAUGACCAAUGAUGCAGGCUUUGCCUUGGCCUACGCUGUUAUCAUGCUGAACACUGACCAGCACAACCACAACGUCCGCAAGCAGAAUAUUCCCAUGACUGUGGAGCAAUUCAAGAAAAAUCUGAAAGGAGUAAAUGGAAACAAAGACUUUGAUCAGGACAUGUUGGAAGACAUCUACAAUGCUAUCAAGAAUGAAGAGAUUGUGAUGCCAGAUGAGCAGACAGGUUUAGUGAAGGAGAACUACGUCUGGAGUGUGUUGCUACACCGGGGUGCCACACCUGAGGGUGUUUUCCUCCACCUGCCCCCCGGCAGCUAUGACCAUGAAUUGUUCACCAUGACCUGGGGUCCGACCAUCGCUGCUCUCUCCUAUGUCUUUGACAAGAGCCUGGAUGACAGCAUCAUCCAGAAGGCCAUCACUGGCUUCAGGAAAUGUGCAAUGAUAGCGGCUCACUAUGGUUUCAGUGAUGUUUUCGACAAUUUGAUCAUCUCCCUCUGCAAGUUUACCACUCUGAGCAAUGAGUCUGUGGAAAACCUUCCUAUAGUGUUUGGCAGCAACAGUAAGGCACAGACAGCAGCCAAGACAGUGUUUGACCUCGCCCAUCGGCACGGCAACAUCCUGAGGGAGGGCUGGAAGAACAUCAUGGACUCCAUGCUGCAGCUGUUCAGAGCCGAGCUCCUGCCCAAAGCCAUGGUCGAGGUGGAAGAUUUUGUGGAGCCAAAUGGGAAGAUUUCUCUUCAAAGAGAGGAAAUGCCUUCAAAUCGUGGUGAGUCAGCAGUGUUAAGUUUUGUUAACUGGCUGACGUUGAGUGGAGCCGAGCAGUCAGGACUCAGAGGCCCAUCCACAGAAAACCAGGAGGCUAAGCAGGCUGCCAUCCUCUGCAUAAAGCAAUGUGACCCAGAAAAGCUGAUCACAGAGAGUAAAUUCCUACAGCUGGAGUCACUACAGGAGCUGAUGAAGGCUCUCAUAUCAGUCACCCCAGAUGAAGAGACCUAUGAUGAAGAGGAUGCUGCCUUCUGCUUAGAGAUGUUGCUGCGUAUCGUUUUGGAGAACCGAGACCGUGUGUCCUGUGUGUGGCAGACAGUGCGCGACCACCUCUGCCACCUUUGCGUCCACGCCAAUGAGAGCUGCUUCUUGGUGGAGAGGGCUGUGGUGGGACUCCUUCGACUUGCAAUCCGCUUGCUACGACGAGAAGACAUUAGCUCUCAGGUCCUCCUCUCCCUGCGUCUCCUGCUGAUGAUGAAACCUCAUGUCUUGUCGCGGGUCAGCAGGGAGGUGGCCUAUGGCCUUCAUGAGCUCCUGAAGACUAACGCAGCUAACAUCCAUUGUACAGAUGACUGGUACACACUGUUCUCCCUGCUGGAGUGCAUUGGAGCUGGAGUGAAACCUCCUGCUUCCUUCCAGCUCACCUCCACCACUGACAAUGACACAGGUGCCCAGUCAGACAGCGAGCUGUCUUCUCAUCAUCCCAGUGAACUGAGUUUAGACCGUGGCUACACGUCUGACUCGGAGGUCUACACUGAGCACAGCAAGACCAGGAUCUCUCGCUCGACGACUGAUGUGGAUGUAGCAAGCAGUGGAUGGCUCAUGGUUGGGAAAGAUGACCUGGACAUGAGUAAGAUCCCCCCAGUAAGCUCUAAAGCUCAGCUGAAUCACCCACUGGUCAACCAGUACAGUCUAACGCUGGGACAGGACCUGGGCCAGCACGACACAAAGUCUCUCAUUAAAUGUGUGGAGACGCUCUCUUUCAUCGUCCGUGAUGCUGCCCACGUCACCCCUGACAACUUUGAGCUGUGUGUUAGAGCUAUUCGAGUGUUUGUGGAGGCCAGCCUCAAUGGAGGCUACCGCAGUCAUGACAAGAAGAAGACCUACAAGUACGACUCCAAGUCCCGGUUAAGGAAAAAGGCAGGGGGGAGGGAAAAGGAAGGUGGAAGUGGCACAAGGCGAGGCGGUAGCCGAGCAUCCAGCCAGCGUCCAUCACGUUCUCACAGCGAUGAGGAGGAGGAUGAAGGUGUCCCAGCCAGUUACCACACGGUGUCAUUACAGGUUAGUCAGGAUCUGUUAGACCUGAUGCAUACCCUGCACACCCGGGCUGCAAGCAUCUACAGCUCCUGGGCAGAGGAGCAGCGCCAUCUGCAGGCUGCAGGCAGGAAAAUCGAGGCCGACUCCCAGACUCUAUGGACCAGCUGCUGGUGCCCGCUGCUGCAAGGCAUUGCUUGGCUGUGCUGUGAUGCAAGGCGACAGGUUCGUAUGCAGGCACUCACGUACCUCCAGAGGGCGCUGCUUGUCCAUGAUCUGCAGACACUCGAUGCAACUGAGUGGGAGUCCUGCUUCAAUAAGGUACUUUUCCCCCUGUUGACCAAGCUACUCGACAACAUAAGCCCAGCAGAUGUGGGUGGUAUGGAGGAGACCAGGAUGAGAGGCUGCACACUCCUGUCGAAGGUUUUCCUCCAGCACCUGUCUCCUCUGCUGUCCCUGCCCACCUUUGCUGCCCUCUGGCUCACCAUUCUGGACUUCAUGGACAAGUACAUGCAUGCAGGAUCCAGUGACUUACUGUUGGAGGCGAUCCCUGAGUCUCUGAAGAAUAUGCUGCUGGUGAUGGACACAGCAGGGAUCUUUCACAGCGCUGACUCAAGGACAGGAUACUCAGACCUGUGGGAAAUUACCUGGGAACGAAUCAUCUGUUUCCUGCCUCACCUGAGGGAGGAGCUCUUCAAACAGACUGUUAUACCAGAUCCGGUACCCAGUCCUCCAUCAGAGACCAUGCAGCCGCCGCCACCCCUAGCAGUUCGGCCUCCAUCCCCUCAGGUGUCCCUACCACCUGGCCAGCCUCCCUCCCCAGCUCCUGUCCCAGUAGCCCCUGCAGAGACACAGACCCACAGGCCAGAAUCACCCCAGGAAUCACAAACAACAAGUGCCACCGGAUCCGACCAAUCAUCUUCAGUCCCACCCUCGAUUCCCCCCAUGCCGGUACCGCUAACAACGUCCCCUGCCCAGGCUCCCUCACACUUGAGCCAGUCGCCCCUCAUCCUGCAGCCCCUCGCCUCUCCCCUGCAGGUGGGAGUCCCACCCAUGUCCCUGCCAAUCAUUCUGAACCCUGCCCUCAUCGAGGCCACCUCCCCAGUACCGCUGCUUUCCGGUCCCAGACCUACGAGCCCCUCUGACGAGGUCAAGUAAGAGAACUCAAGCUACCCUACACCCUCAUUACACCUCUUUAACAACUGGACCUGACAGACUUUAACUACAGCUUCAGGAGCUGCUUGUCACCAGGUUUGUGAUGAAAUAUAUAUGAAAGGACAAAGUAGAAGUGACACCUCAGUUAACCCACGUUUGAUUUUAAGGGGUAGAUCAGGGUUAAACAUCUGACACUGUUGCAGGUGCACCAUGCAUUCUUUGUGCCAUUUUUGUGUUUGGCAUUUUCUAAUUCCUGUGGAUAAAUGACUAAAUGGAGACGAUGUGACAUCAUGUUAAGAAAAUUCAAGACAAGUCUUUCACGUAAAAAUAAGUUAAAAAGGUACAAAUGUAGCUUCACUGAGAACACUGAGAUCUCAUACUCUGUUUUCUGGGGAGACUUUGGGUGAGUUUCUACUGUACUGCACAUGGUGAGCAUUUUACUGGCUGAUGCCAGUGUUUUUAAACUCAGUGCAUUAUAUAUAUUUUAGGCCAAUACAAUAACAUCAAAUGUAAAGAUUCAGUUUUUCCCCUCCACAUGCUGAUAUUAUUCUUCUGAGACAAAAUAAACUACAGUGUAUUCAUGCUAAUGAAGGACAGUGUGACUCACUGAUUUGUGUUGAAGUUCUUGGACAGUGGAGCUUUAUGGCUCAGAAGAAUUAGAUACACACACAUAGUCCUGGUUUGUAGUAUAGAUGUGCUGGUAAAAUCACCAGCUGUGGGGGACUCGGCCUCUUGACCUCAGUGUGUUAAAUUCUAACAGUUUUCAUAUGUAAGACUGAAAUUAUUCCUAAUGUUAUCAAGAUCAGGUUCAUGGAUGGAGGAUAAUCAGUUGUUUUUGUUGAGGUUUAGAUUUUAUUUAACACUGUCACUCCCACAUUCUCUCAUCAACUUGGUUGAAAUCACGACGAGGUUUCCUGUAGAAGGACAAAAGUGUACAGAAAAACAACUUUAUUAAUCAGUCAGUUUUUGUUCUGUUCUGUUUUCCCGUAAUGUCCAAAGUCAGAAGCUCUGGACUCCACAGUUUAUUUCUACCAAUUUUUUCUCAAUGCUAAAAAACAAGCUUUGAUUUCAGGCACCUUAUUGAGUCCUCCUGCUCUAAACACAGAGGGAUUGUGUGACCAGAGAUGACACAUCUAAAACAUUCUGAAACAGCGAUACUUGAGUCUGCUGUGAGCUCGGUGUAACUUGAAAGGCUUAUGGUAAAUCUAACAAAUAUUUUACAAGAGAACUGAUGUCAUUUUAUCAUGUUUAUAUGUUAUGUUCUAACAGUCCACACAUGUAAGAGCCUGUAGCCUGGCUGGUUACUGAUCAUAUCAAACAGGAUGUAUAGAGCAGCGAACAGCAGUGACGGAAAACUUCACUGCUGAAUGUAAUCACUACUGAAUAGUUAGUGUUGAAAUUCACUUACCACUGACGUUAUAGCAUCUGUCUGUGGAAACCAUCUGUCUCUGUUCAUAUGUGUGAAUUUUUCAGCGGGUCAUUUGCUCCAGUGUGUUGGUAACGUUACAACUUCAGCAGUAAACAACAGCCUGUAGAGGCACAGAGCUUUUCUUCACUCCACCAGAGCUGAUUGAAGUUCUGAAGUGUUGUUCUCGUUUGUUGGAGCUGGAGUUCGCUGCUCCACUGUGCUGACGUUAAUAAAAUACACCUUUUUCAUGCAAAGCUAAUUAUUGAGUUAAUAAAUCCAAAUGCUUUUUUGAAGAUGAACCAGUUGCACGGUUACUGCAGCAUGUGCAUUCUGUCUGGGUUCAGCCUUUUUCAUCCCAUCAACACAGCAACACUACAAUGAAUCUGUGGCGUUCGUUAAUUGAUUCAGAGUUGUAGAACAUUGUAGAACCCAUUUCUACCUUUUCAUCGCUGUUAAUUCAUGACAUCCAGUUGAUGGUGACACUACACAGGUAAGAGUCUCAGUCACAUGACUUCUUGUUCACUUCUCACUGGACUGCAAAAAGUCAGUGUGAACAUGAACUGGAGCAGAACUAAGAUGCAACAGUGGAUUUUCUUCUUUGGUCCUAACCAAAUGAACCAGAAUACAGAUGGACCUGACAUCAAUCUUUAAAUCAGAAUUUGCAGCUUGAUUUCUAAACAUAGUGGCAGCAGUCUGGAUGACCUACAUACCAGAGAUGGUUGUUUUUCGCAGUCAAGUGUUUUAUUGCUACAAUUAGUGCUAAUGUGCAGUUAUUUACAUUUCCACAGUAAGUUUUCAGUUGUGGUUAAAUUUCACCAAGAGUUUUUCAUAUGCUGCAUUUUCCCUGGAUACAUAUAUGUUGACAUUCUUGCAUGCUGACUGUGUCUUGUGUACAAUGACACGUACAUUGACAAACUAAUGGAGACUAAUUCACCAUUUUAAUGCCAAAUGUGUGUCUUUGAUUGUGGUUUAGAUGAAAGCUGAACAUCCAUUCAAAGUGGCCCCGGGAUUAUCUCUGUGAUGUUUAAUGAUAAUGUUAUUUAUUGACCUGGGAAAGAACUGAUGGACUUUUCCACUGCAGUACAGAUGACGUAGAUACAGUGUGUAUAUGUCAGUCAGGUAACACUACAGCCUUAUAGAGCCACGCACGUGAGACAUUUUGUAAACAGUGGGUUUAUUUGUUGUAUGGGACUCUUAGAUAUAUCAGCUGAUUCUUGCUUGAACAGGAAAUUACAUGAAUAUUAUGUGUAUAUAUAUAUAUAUAUAUAUAAAUGAAAGGUAAUGUACUUUUUACUAUGUAAUAAAUAAAAUAUAAAGAAAGUG